AUGGCAAAAGCUUCAACAACAAUGAGUUUCGUCACUCUCUUGGUCUUGAUCAGUUUCUCUAUGUUGUCUUGCGCAUCACGUGUUCCUCUUACUCUACCUGAUCACACGAGUGAUACCGUCAACAAAGACGAGAAGCAACUAGGACACCUUACCGAGAGAUUUGAUCAGACUGAGAAAACUUCAAGGCAGCGUCGCCGUCAGAUGGAGAAAGCUGCAAGGCAACGUCUUGGUCGCUACUACAACACAAUUGAACACCGCAUCCAUCACUUCGAAUCAGAGCCGUUCCCGUAUCCCUCCAUGAUCCGUGACGUCGAGUUCUCUUUCCUGAGGAUGCGUAGAAGCCAAAAUCUGUCAUGA